AUGACUUUGUUUAUUCUGAUAUCCUACUUAAUUUUCUUUACAGGUGUUACAAUAAAGUCAUCAGAAUAUGCAUCUAAUGGAUUAACAAGAAUGAAUCAUCUCUCAGCCAAUCGCUCGCAACCGGAGAAAAUCGCUGAAGCCUUUUUCCUUGGAGUCCUUUUAGUGGUCGCUUUUCUUUUGAACAUUGCAAUAUGCCAAGCCAUGCUAUUUCCCUACCGUCUAAAGACGCCUUCAAACUUAUUUCCGUUUUCCUUAGCUAUAGCAAGUUUAUUUCUAACGAUAUUGCACACCCCUUACACCAUGGCGUCGGUAAUUACGGACCGAUGGCCAUUCAACAACGCGUGGUGUCAGACUUCUGGCAUGUUGAUCAAUCUGCUUUCAAUGGCAUCGAACUUUUCAGUAGUAACCAUUGCAGUUCAUCGCUAUUACCUCAUUGUUGAACCCCUUUAUGCCACGAUAAGCCUGCGCCGAGCCAGGAAAAUUGUUGCUUUUGUGUGGUUCACUUCUAUCGUUACUGCAAUUCCGCCAUUAUUUGGCUGGAAUUCUUACAGAUACGUCCCUGGAAAAGCAUUUUGCACAGUUGAUUGGCAAGAUGGUGGACCUAGCCUGGUUUAUACAUUUUAUCUCAUGACUGUAAGUUUCUUGGUGCCAUUUGGAAUUCUGAUGUACAUUUACCGCGCUAUUUAUCUCAAGACAAAACGCCAACGGAUGAUUACGGGCUAUAAUACCCUUCAAGGACUUCACAGCGAGCAUUUGACGGCAAAGCCGACCGAACGUUCGCGAACCAUCUAUCAAAAGUUUGUUUUUUGGGUUAGACAAAGGAGAAGAAAUUCACAGUAUAGCGUGUCUUCGCCUUCAACUUCCGAGAGAGGGAAUAUAUCUUCUCCUGCAACGUCUGUCUCUUUAUCCUUCGAGGCAUCUAACACUAUAGAAAAGGAGAAAGAACUCAAGAGAAAGAAAGAAGCUCUCAAACGCACUCUCACACGGCAAAGUUCUGUUUACGAGCAGAAAACAGUUCAAAGCGCGCUUCUUUUACUUACAACAUUUCUCGUCAUUUUGUCUCCUUAUUACAUCGUUGGUAUAUGGUCAGGUCUUUCUCAAUCAAGCCCUUCAACGGUAGUAGACUUCAUAGUUACCUAUAUAUUCGUUUCCAUGGCAGCUGUCAAUCCAAUCUUAUACGGCUUCUUUAAUCGCCAUAUAAGGAGAGCAGUAUUGAAAUCCGCAAUAGGCCAAUUAGCUUGUCAAGUUUGCAAAUGCUGUAGCGGAGAUUCAGGGAUACGAGGAUCUUAUCCAGUCAAUGAAACGGAACGUAGAUACAACGGUCUGGAAUCAGACCGCUGA